AACCAGACCCGAUAAUAGCACGAUGUUCCCUACUUUCAUUAAUAGGCUAAAUUUGAAGUUGAAAAAGUUUGCCAAUUAUUUACAAUUAUUGUUCUUCAGAGUUCAUAGAGUCAAGGUAAAGAACUUUCUUAUCAGCGUAGAAACGAGAUGCCAGGUUUGCUACUCAAGAAGCCGCUUAAAUUAAGAACAAUACCUAAUAUAGAUCUUGAUCAUUGUGUUUAUAUCAACAUGCUGUUCGAGCACAACUGUAGAUAGCAUGUCAUUCCCAUCUUUAAUCAGACAAGUCUGCAGGGGUUGACGGAGAGCCAAACUUCUCUUGAAGCUUGUUUCAUAAUUUUCACCUAUUAUAUAUCAGCCUCACUUCUGAUAAAUCUUGCGCACGAACUUUCGCUUUUAUAAAUGGAAACUAAAGAGGGCGGACAGAGGUACAGAUUGCGUUCAAUGUCGGCCAUUGACAAUAUGUCGCAGAAACUUCCUCCUCUCCGAAAGAAUCGCAGUCAUGGCACAUUCAGUAGAGGUCAGAAAAGUGUUGAGAUUUGUGGUGAUGGCUACGAGAAAGUGGAUCCUGAAAUGGUUUUUGAAGAGAAGCAAACAGACAAACUUCCUAUCAAACCAACUCGAAGACGCCUUGUAGAGAAAAACGGGCAGAGAAAUGUUCGUUCAAAACAUAUUCCGAGGACAAGGUAUGUUCAAGAUAUGUUCACCACAAUUUUAGAUGCGAGAUGGAAAUGGAUGAUGUUUCUUUUCAUUGUCAGCUAUUUAUUUACAUGGACAUUAUUUGCAACUUUCUGGUGGGUGAUUUUCGAGGUUCGCGAGAGCACAAAGUGCAUUGCUGGAGUUCAGCACUGGACCGAAGCAUUUUUAUACUCAAUUGAAACCCAACAGACUAUAGGAUAUGGAACCAGAGCCAUCCGAGAUAACUGUCCAGAGGCCACUCUGCUUUUAAUUAUACAGACUAUAGUUGGUAUGGCUAUCGAUGCAGUUUUACUGGGUCUUGUUUUUGCCAAGUUGGCAAGGCCUAACAAAAGGUCUAGCACCAUCUUGUUUUCUGAAAAUGCUGCUCUUAGCAAAAGAGAUGACAAAUUUUGUUUGAUGUUUCAAGUAGCUGAUGUUCGCAAAAGGCAGUUGCCUGAAGCUCACAUCAGGGCAUAUUUGUUUCGAUCCCUCAAGACUCAAGAAGGGCGAGUGAUACCGUUUUAUCAUGAAAGCCUGCAAAUUGGGCAUGAUCAUAACAAGUAUGACCCAGAUGUGACCCCAGAUAGGCUGUUCUUACUUUUUCCUGUCACAGUCAUUCACAUCAUUGAUGAUGAAAGUCCUUUUUAUAACAUUGGCCCUGAGGAACUGAAGAAAAGUGACUGGGAAAUAAUAAUUUUGAUGGAAGGUGUGGUCGAGGCUACUGGUUGUACGGUUCAAGCUAGAACAUCAUACCUUGGUGAUGAAAUUUUAUGGGGACAUGAUUUUGUCGAUGUUUUUGAGCCUCAAGAUUGGUCUGAUGAUGAGGGAUAUCGAUAUGACCUUUUUAAAAUGAAUGUCCUGUCGCCUACUGCUACACCGCGAUGUAGUCCUAGAGAGUAUUAUUCGUCAAGACAGCUUGAUAGUGUAAAGGAGUCUAGUGAAACUAGAAGAGAUGAGCAGCCUGAUUUAGACAGGCAAAUAUCUGUUGGUUUGACCAUUGGAAGUCUGUAAUUAAUAUUAUUAACAUAGAUAUUUAGAUAUGUUAGAUAAAAUAUAUAUACUUUUAAGUAAUUUAAUGAAAAUGUUACUUAUCAUAGUUACAGCCUAUAUAUUGCUUGUUUUCAGGCAGGUAGUUAAUUCAAGCCCAUUUCCCACUAUAUGGAAAGAUGUUCAUCACUACUUUCUGCUUAGAUAGUAUUCUUAAAACAAAGAUCAGUGCAAGCUGCAAGCAUGUGACUAACUCAUUUUUAUUUAGCAAGAAAGUCUUUAUGAUAGAAAGUGUGAUGAAGAAUUAUCCCUGACAUGAAUACCACCUUGCAUGAAUACAGGCUAUAAUUAGGUGGCCAAUUGUUGUAAAGUUUUUAGGUCAAUUUGUUUCUUUAGUUUAUUUAUUGAUGAUAAUGUUAUUAAAUUUGAUUUUUAUAUUUCAUUCAUCUCAGGUAAUUAAGUUUUAUUAGAAAGCACCUUCAUAUGCAACAACAUUUUUUCAGAAAUAUUAUUUAAAACUAUUCUUAUAAUGUCUUUUCAGUUUUAUGACAUGUUUUGAUUCUUAACGUUUAACUUGUUUCAGUGUUUUGUAUUUUCAGCAAGUAUAGUAAACAGAUGAUUAUAUCAUAUUUUCCAUUAAAAUUUAUUCAAAUCUAGCUGUUUUUGCUUUUUUGGAACUCUUUACUUUGUUAACAUUAUGCUAAAUCCUUGCUUAAGUCUUAUCUAUAACCAAAUUUUCAUGCUGGCACAAACUCAUGUUGUCAUGACUUCAUUUUCGGUCUUAUGUAAAGGGCCCCUUAUUAGUAGCCAUUCUCAAUAUGUUUCGAGCCAGGAGACCAUCAGCUUCCCUGUCGAGAGAUUUGCCAGAAUUUUCAGUUUCUUUUAGUUGUUUCCAAUGCCAAAUCAAUAACUGCCAUUUGAAGUCAUCUUUUGUUUCAUAACUUCCUGGAAGGCUAAAUUUCAGAAAGAUUAUGAAAGAAAUUAGAUAUUCUAAAUGGUGACUAGAUUUCAGCUGAGGACAUAGCAGAUCAACAGCCAGUAUCCAUAUCAGGCUUCCACAUGGCCAUACUUGGAGACUUUUGAUGUAUAAGUUAUAAGAUAAGUUAUAAGUUAUAAGAUAAGUUAUAGGGGACAAUUGGAGACAAGGUAGAGCAUAAUCCUCACAUUUCUGCAGUACAAUAAUGAGGCUUUAAUGCUCCUCCUCUGGCCAUUCACAGACUCAUGCAAUAAUUGCAGGCAGUUUAUUAUAAAGAUAUUUUAACUGUAUAAUAUUGCAGUCACUGGAAUCUUACCAAGAAAAAAGGUCUCUGGAUGAAAUCCAACAACUUUCCUGGCUUUUAGUGAAUGUUGAAAAUAUUAACAAUUUUCUUCGACAAAAUUCCGUUUGGAACUGCCUUGCAAAGGAAAUUGCCAAAAAUCUCUCAAUAUCAGAGAAAUUGUUCCUAAUCGGUUCAGAACCAUUGCUGAUCGCUGAAUUUUAGACUCGUAUGAAUUUUUGGCCAUUUUCUAUCUGGUAUCGCUAACAGGAAGAGAUAAAUUCGCCUUCGCCCAAUCAGCUAAUAGCUAAAUAUUUGACGUUUGAUGACUUUAUGCCUGAUUCCUCAGAC